AUGAACUCCUCCCUCGACGAAGCCCUCCACUGCACAACCUGCAAACUCACCCAGCUCCCCCGCGCAUCUCUACUCACAGCCCUCGCCACCGGCCUCUACAAUCCCCGCCGGGACCCGCCGUUCCUACAUCCACAGACAGCAGAGAUAGACGGCGUCUCCCCGCGAACGAUACCCCCAGAGCCACAGGUCCCAGGGUACCAAAGGCUGAUGACGCCGGCGCAGCACGAGAGCUACAGUACUGCGUUGGGGGAACUGGCCGAGCGAGAAGCGGGCAGAGGGGACGAAGGCGAAGGCGAAGGCGAAGACGGGGCGCUGUUCGCGCGGUACAUGCUUGAUUUCCAUAUUCAUGUGCAUUAUCUCUCGCGGCGGGGGCUGUUGACGCUGUGUCGGGAUGUGGAGGAGGUUCAUGAGAUGCGGCGGUGGAGGUGGAGGGUUGCGUUGGUGGAUGAUGUGCUCGCGGGGGCGGAGUAUCAGUAUCCAGGGAAAGGAUGUGGAAAGAAGAGGGGGGUGAGGCCGCCGAAUGAGAAUCCGCAUCUGUCGAUGUAUCAGAUGGCGUUGUGGCGGCGGAAAUGGAUGGCGCGGCGGCAACGGGUGGACGAGGUACGGCUCAAGUGGGCUGUGAUUGUCGAGGAGAGACGAAGGCAAAGGGCCGCUGCGGCCAGGACAAUCAAAGUGAGGUUGCACUGUUCGCGCGAGGGAUAUAAGACUUUCAUCCGUGAGGUCGAGGUCGAGGUCGAGGGUGGAGACAUUACCCUACGUACAGAGCAUUUGCAGUCGACGCUGGUAGAAAGACAGAACGGGACGGACGAAUGA